AUGGCAGUUGUUUACACACUGCUGGUGUUAUUCUUAGCAGUUUUUGUUGCUGGAUUUAUUUUGUUGGUCAUGGGGGCAAUUAAUUUUGAUUUCUCCAACUCAGAAAUUCCUCCUGGAGUCAAUCAGCCUGUAAAGCUCCGAAUCAUUCAUAUAAUUUUAAUAAGCAGAGCUGUGGUGGGAAAGAUUUUGGAAAAUAUUGGCAUCUGCAGUCAAGUUAGCUUUGUCCGGUACCUUCAAGGUAGAAAGACUCUAGGAGCAGACCCGAAGCUCUUCAUCAAGGACCUGUGUUUUGAGAAAGUGCCUGUAAGGAUUUAUCAGCCUAAGGUUCCAUCUGCCAGCCAAUGGAGAGGAGUUAUGUUUUUCCAUGGAGGAGGAUGGGUAUUUGGAAGUCUUGAGACCCAUGAAAAGUUAUGCCGCUCUAUUGCCAGAGAAAGUGAAUCAGUGGUUGUAUCUGUUGGGUAUCGUUUAGCUCCUGAACACAAAUACCCUGCUGCGUAUGAAGACUGUCUUAAUGCCACCAUACACUUUAUGAAGAAUAUAGAGCACUAUGGGGUGGAUCCUGCCCGUAUAAUUAUCUGCGGGGACAGUGCUGGGGGCAAUCUGGCAGCUGCAGUUAGCCAGACCCUUGCAGGUAGAUCAGACCUCCCCAGACUACGUGCUCAGAUCUUGAUCUACCCGGGCCUUCAGGCACUGGACUUCAAUUUACCAUCCUAUCAACAGAAUCAGAGAGUCCCUCUCUUAUUCCGAGAAUGUGCUGCUUUCUACGUGUUGCAGUACCUAAAUGGGAAUGCAUCAAAUCUGGAAGAGGUCUUGGAGGGUUCCCAUAUGCCUCUAGAUACUAAAUUAAACUACAGGAAGUGGGUGAGUCCAGAUAACAUCCCCGAAAAAUUUAAGGUCAGAGGCUACAAACCACAUGUGCUACUUGAACCGAAGUCCGAAGUUUAUGAGACAGUGAAAAGAUUUUGUGAGCCCAACCUGUGUCCGCCGAAGACGCUAUUGUUCACAGCUGCCCGCUUUCAUCUUAGACUGGAGGACAACGGUGUUCAAGUGACCUGGUACCACCUUGAGGAUGGAUUCCAUGGAAUCAUAAAUUCAUUUAAUAGUGACUGGUUAUCAUUUUCAUCUGGAAAAAGGGGUCUUGACAAUAUCGUGAACUUUCUAAAAGGCUUAUAG